AUGGAGUGUUCGGAAGAUGAAAAGACCAGCGUUCCGAUGUGGCUGGAGCGGAUGUUCGCCGCCAGCAAAUUCUACGAUUCCUGCGAGGACAACUGCUCGAAGCCUGCCAAAUACUACUGCAGAGCCUGCAUGGUCAUCGUUUGCGAAGAUCGCAUGGAGCAGCAUCACAAAAGUCAAGGGCACUCAAUUUUGACGGCAUACAAGUCUUCGGGAGUGGCGGCAUUCAGAAAAGAGGACCUGGAGCAAGUGUGGGAUGCGUCCGGCAUCCAGCAGUACACGAUCAACCGGCGGCCAAUCGUCUAUGUCAAUCAGAAAGGAGGGGUCCAUCGCUCGGGCUCUCCCAUCGGCGACGUUAAGUGCGAGACUUGCCAGUACAAGAUCUUAGCCCCCAGCAACUUCUGCUCAGUGGAAUGCAAAGUGAAGGCUGUUUUGGAGAAGAUUGAAGAGAAGAAAGCAGAAGCUUUGAAUCAAGCGAAGAGGAAGCUGGAGAUGACAGACGGCGAGAGGCCUAGCGACGCUCCGAAGCAGAUCGUUCCAGGUCAAUCUUUCAGGAAACGUCCAAGAAAGCAAUCCACACCCCGGAGGUCUCCCCUCUUUUAGAUCAGUAAAAACAUUACCGGAACUCGAAGAACGGUUAAUUUCCUUUAAAUUUGGCACGUAAUUAUUGUGCCGAUGUAGGUCGUCGGAACUGCUCGAACCCUUCUUCAUUAGGGAAUUUGAGCUCUCCUCUUUUCCUACGAAAGAAGGGUAUCUGAUAAGUAGUGUUUUUCUUACCA